CGGCUACGGGGCGGAGAAUGGCGCGCUGGUCAGAUCUAGGUGGCGAUCUGGGGCCCAUCUCGGCGGUCGAGAUGGCGCUUCGGAGAAUUUCGGAGGAGAACGGGGGAGUGCAGCUUGAGGAUUUUACUGUUAAUGGGAAAUCUAUGCUUAUGGUUUGGAAAAUUGAUAGGAAUAAGCUUGUAAAAGAGCUUCCAGAGAGUUCUCAGCAGCCGCCACCCCCAUCUUCGCUGCAAAAUACUCCAGAACCUUCAGCCAUGGCUGAUGAUGAUGCAUCUUUGAUGGUGCCAAGAACGCCGGGGCCAAUGAGCCAUGGAUGCAGCCGAUGUCACAUGAUUGGGCUUCAAAGGGGAGGGCCGAGAAUGAUGGGGAUGAUGGGGAUGCCGAGAAUGAUGGGCCCACCGCUUCAUAGACCGCCACAGCUUAUGGGGCCCACUGGGCCUAUGGUUGGGCCCGGUCAGGGGCAACCGAAGCAACCCAGGAGCGAGAUUGAUGAAAUGAAGGAGAUUGAGGCUUUGCUUAACAAGAAGACUUUUAGAGAGGCGCAAAAGUCGAAGACUGGGGAGGAGCUCUUGGAUCUUAUUCAUCGACCCACUGCUAAGGAGACUGCAGUUGCUGCAAAGUUCAAGUCCAAGGGUGGUUCUCAAGUCAAAGAAUAUUGUACUAGUUUAACUAAAGAAGAUUGCCGACGCCAAACUGGUUCAUACAUUGCGUGCGAGAAGGUUCACUUCCGUCGCAUAAUUGCUCCACACACUGAUACAAAUUUAGGUGACUGUUCUUUCCUAGAUACAUGCCGUCAUACAAAGACUUGCAAAUAUGUUCACUAUGAACUUGAUCAAACCCCAGACAUUCCUUCAAUGAUAUUGGGAGCUAAUAAUAUUGCACCUCCAAGGCCAAUGAAGUUGCGAGCUGAAUAUUGUUCAAAAGUGGAGCUUGGUGAACCCCAAUGGAUUAACUGUGACAUUCGUAACUUUAGAAUGGACAUAUUAGGACAGUUUGGAGUUAUAAUGGCGGACCCUCCUUGGGAUAUUCAUAUGGAACUUCCAUAUGGCACAAUGGCAGAUGAUGAAAUGAAAAGCCUGAAUGUCCCUGCAUUACAGACUGAUGGCUUGAUUUUUCUCUGGGUCACUGGGCGCGCUAUGGAACUUGGGCGUGACUGUCUGGAGCUUUGGGGAUACAAACGCGUUGAGGAGAUAAUUUGGGUUAAAACCAAUCAACUCCAGCGAAUUAUAAGAACUGGACGAACAGGCCAUUGGCUCAAUCAUAGUAAAGAACAUUGCCUUGUUGGAAUAAAGGGCAAUCCUUUGGUGAACCGGAACAUUGAUACGGAUGUGAUUGUUGCAGAAGUUCGUGAAACAAGUAGAAAGCCAGAUGAGAUGUAUCCUUUGUUGGAAAGGAUAAGCCCGAGGACAAGGAAAUUGGAACUAUUUGCUAGGAUGCACAAUACGCAUGCAGGGUGGCUUUCACUGGGAAACCAAUUGCAAGGCGUGAGGUUAGUAGACGAAGGACUUAGGGGAAGGUUCAAGGCUGCUUAUCCCGAUGUAGAGGUACAACCCGCUUCACCACCAAGAACGACUGCACCUAUCGACACAGAUUCCAGCGUUCCUCAAAUAAAGAGUCCUCAAGGUGCCUAUUCAACCACUGAUGUCAAGAAUAUUACUGCAGAAGUUGAAGCUGCUGGUUAAAGUUAAAAUUAUGCAGUUGAUUUUUUGUUUCAUUUUUUCCUAGGGUUAUUGCAGGAUAGAUUUUUUUUAAAAUUGUUUAUGUAGAUGCUUGAAUGCAUCUGUUUUGACGUGUAAUAUUUAAGUUAACUGAGCUUUAAGCUGGUUUAGAUGCUUAUUUGCUCCAACUGUUGUAUUAUAUAAGUUGUUCUUUAAUGGGUCAGAGGCAUGGUAAAAACUUAAAUACAUAACGCAGAAUUAUCGGAAAAAACUAGAAGUUCCAAUUGCACGGUAUUCCUACUGUCUCUUCAGAUUUGUUUUUGCCUAGAUUUAUCUGUAAAAAUUGCAUCUGUUUUGACGU